AGAGUUAUUCUCUCGAAGAUCUGAUGUUUUUUGCAGGGUAAAAGUUUUCGUUGUUGAUCGGAGAGAUUAAUUUUAGGUUAUAGGAAACCGCCUUGCCAAUGUUGUUGCUUAAUUAAAUUACUGUCUAACAUCAUAAUGUGAUAAUUGCUUGGUCUAUUUUCAGUCUUCUGUGUGAAGAUGAAAAUUAACAGAUUUGCUGUUGCCAACUUUGAUUUCGUAAGCAUGAAAGCAUGAAUGAUUGUUAAAUUUGUGCCACUCAUAAUGAUAAACAACAUCUCCCUUUGUGGUCAGUAAGAUAAGACUACCCCAAAACCCAUAUUAGUACAUCAGGACAUGACAGUCUGUCUGCAAGAAAAUAUCACACUGAGCACGGAAAACCACUCAGUUUGUCUACAAGACAACAUCAGUAUAAACUCGGAGAACCACCCAGUUCUGGUCCAAUCAGAGUCCACUCAGUCAAACACGUGUGAUCUGGACGAGCUGUUUUACGAGAGUGUCAGUCUAUCAGAGAAACUCGGCAGAUACGUGUCAGAAUGCCAAGGGUUUCUACUAGAUGAAGAGUUCAAGAGAGAGCGUGACCAGUGCGAGGAGGUACUGGAUCAACAGAUACCAGAAAUUGCACCACCAACGAAGCCAAAAGAGCCUGAACCCCCCAAAGAAACCCCUAAAACAAGGAAGAAGCCCCUCAUGUCACACGAGAUAUCAGACGCACCAGAUGAUGAACACGUGACAGAGGAGAUGAAGGUAUCCCGCUCCUCCUCUGUUUCCUCUCUUACUUGUUCUGAUCUGGAGCUGUCAGAUGAGCUCACAGAGGUCUCAUCAACAGAUUCGAUCAGCAACCCCUCCGACAAGGAGUCAAUAGAUCUAGAAAUAGACGAUUACAACUUUAAGGACUGUUCCAUCACCCGCAGAGUAAACCCUCGACCCCCCGCCGAGAGCAGGAAAGUGUCUAAGAAGGAGAUUAGUGAAAAGGAGAAGACCAGAAUCUAUCUUAACCAAGUCGACAAAAAGGUAUCGUGCAAGUGCUGUCGAUCAGUGAUGGGUCGGAUAGUCCACGAAGUACGCCAAUGCGAGAAGGCAGUGAUUAUAGCCAACAUUAAACCCUACCAACCGAAAACAUCCCUCAUCACCAAUGUCAAGUCCCCAACAGGAGGCAGUGGAUUUCCAGAUCCAGUACGAGAGGGAAUGGUAUGCAGCCAUCAUGAUCCAGCGAGCUUGGAGAUCAUACCACCAGGAAAAGAUCAGACAAAUCAGGAGAUUCGAGAGGAUCAGAGAUAAGAACGAAAUGAGGCUGAAGUACGGUCACAUUGCAGGCUACGUUAUGAAGAGAGACGCUAUCAAGAGAAAACAGUUCGGGUAUUAGUGUAUCUGUAUAAGAGACAGCUUACUAACUUAUUAAAUAAGAGACAGCUUUUUUAUUAAGUUCAUUGUAGAUAAGUGUGAAUUAAAAGUGACAAACUGUAGUUCGUAGAGAUUUGUACAUCUGGGACGCUAUUAGAGGGACACAGUUUGGGUUUGAGAAGUGAUAUCAGACACAGCUUUUUAACUUAUUAUGUGAGACAGGCAGCUGUUUUAUGUUCAUUGGAUAGAUAUGAAUUGGAACUGACUUUUGUUCGUGAGUAUCAUGCAGUUUGACAAUGAUAGUAGCGUAAGGUGAACAUAUUGUUAUAACGUACCUGAUAGUGUUGUUUUUGUUAAUAGUGACAUUGAUAAAUCAGAUUCUUCAAUAGUAACAGACAUAUGAGAAACUUUAAAUGCGUCGCAAAAUACAUGGCAUGCUUUUCAGUUUUUGACGAGUUAAAUCAAAGGUUUCUAUUCAUGCAUUGUAAAUUUUAGAUAACCACAAAACCA